ACUGGGCAAGCCGACUGUGAGCCAGGAAGUGCUCUUGGGGAGCCCAGGCCAAGCCAUCCCUUCUUGGGUCCUUUGGAGGGUAGAUAUGGAUUCCCAGUUACCCCAGUGGCCAGUGCUCCCUGUAGCCCACACGGUGAGACUGUGAAAGCAGAUGCUCCGGGGGACUCCUGCGCAGCUUUUGCUCGGUGGAUGAUGGGUGACUACAGACUUUCUGACCACCCCCAGCCCAUGGAAAUUCUCAACCUGUACUUGGGAGACAGCCUGGAGCCCCACCCAGGAGAGUGCCCGAGGGAAACGUGCAGCCAUGAGGAUCUGCCGGAGCCUUGUGAGGAGCAAACCUGGGCCACUGACCCUCCUGAAUCUACCAGACAAGAUGCUCCUCCCUGGGGCUCCGGUGUGGAGCUCACACACCUGGGGAGCUGCUCUGCCCAGGGGGAGCACAGGCAGAGCACAGCAUCACCAGGGUCACCUGUGACCAGCCAUCUACCGGGGAGCCCACAGCAGAACCGGAGCACGUCCACGCAGGUAGUGUUCUGGGCAGGCAUCCUGCAGGCCCAGAUGUGUGUCCUAGACCUGGAGGAGGAGCUGGAGAAGACGGAAGGGCUCAAGGCUGGGCUGAAAUGCUGUCUCCCCAGGCCCCCUGUGGACCUCCCCGGGGACACGGGCCUGCACUCCAGCCCACCUGAGAAUGAAGACUCAGGGGAAGACAGCAGCGAGCCUGAGGGGGAGGGCCAGGCUUGGCUGAGAGAGGGAACCCCAGACUCUUCCCCACAGUGGGGAGCUGAGGAGGAGAGCAUGUUCUUCAGCAACCCCCUCUUCCUGGAGAGUCCUUGCUCAGAGAACAGUGCUUCUGGAGAGCGCUUUUCCUGGGGGGCUGCAGACUCCCAUGCAGAUGUGAGGACUGGACCUGAGAGUCCAGCGACUCUGGAGGCUCCCCUCCCAGAAGACACAGUGCUGUGGGAGCUGGAAAGUGAGCCGGAUUUGGGGGACGGCGCUGCUAGCAGUGGGCAUCGUACCCCUCCAUUCCCUGUGCCAGUCUAUAAACCACACUCCAUCUGCUGGGCCUCAGUGGCUGCCACUGAGGGGGAUCUUGCAGCACCUCCUGGUCAGGGGGAGAGUGAGACUUCUCAGGGAGAUAGGCUUGGUCCUGCUCCAUCUGCAGCACCGUGUGUGGACGAAGCAUUGACCUGGGAAUCAAGAUGUGUCGGAUCUGAUCUUGGCCCUGCUGCACAUCCUGUGCAACCUUGGGCCUCUCUCAGCCCUGAGGGCUGGCAGAGAGGAGGUCCUUUUUGGCCCCAGGUGACUCUUAACUCCCAGGACAGAGAUGAGAGGGAGGCUGGGCAACCCCAGGAAUCUCUUCCCUGCACCUUGGCCCCCUACCCCUGGAGGAGCCCAGCUUCUUCUCCAGAGCCUAGCAGCCCAGAAUCUGAGAGCAGAGGCCCUGGUCCCAGGCGCAGCCCUGCAUCGUCCCAGGAGGGCAGCCCGCAACUUCAACACCACAGCUCAGGCAUUUUGCCCAAGUGGACACUAGAUGCUUCACAGUCUUCACUCUUGGAGACGGAUGGGAAAGAGCCAAGUUCCUUGAAGAAAGAGGAGGCAGGGGAGGCCCCCAAACCAGCCGAGGAAGUAAAGAGUGAAGGAACAGCCAGGCCUGCAGAGACUGGAGACGUCCAGCCUGACAUUCACCUGACUUCUGCAGAACAGCUUCCUGGGAGCCUUAUGCCCCAAGCACAGUCCCCAGAGGAAGGCCAGAGACCACUAGCUGGAGACAAGCUAGCUAAUGGCGUCAGGAACAACAAGGUAGCCUGGAACUUGGCCUCACGCCUCUAUCACCUGGAGGGCUUCCGGAAGUCUGAAGUGGCUGCAUACCUGCAGAAGAACAAUGACUUCAGCAGGGCUGUGGCUGAGGAGUACUUGUCCUUCUUCCAGUUUGGAGGCCAGAGCCUGGACCGAGCCCUCCGGAGCUUCCUCCAGGCCUUGGUGCUGAGUGGGGAGACUCAGGAACGGGAGCGAAUCCUCUACCAGUUCUCCAGACGCUUCCACCACUGCAAUCCAGGGGUCUUCCCCUCAGUAGAUUCGGUACACACCUUGACAUGUGCAAUCAUGCUCCUUAACACGGACCUGCAUGGACAGAACAUUGGAAAGAGCAUGAGCUGCCAGGAAUUCAUAACCAACCUGAAUGGGCUGAGGGACGGCGGGAACUUCCCCAAGGAGCUGCUGAAGGCCCUCUACUGGUCUAUCCGCAGUGAGAAGCUCGAGUGGGCCAUGGAUGAAGAAGACGCAGCCAGACCUGAGAAGGCCCAGCCGUCCCUGCCAGCUGGGAAGAUGAGCAAGCCCUUCCUUCAGCUGGCUCAGGAUCCCACGGUGCCCACCUACAAGCAGGGCAUCCUGGCUCGGAAGAUGCAUCAAGAUGCAGACGGCAAGAAGACACCAUGGGGCAAGCGUGGCUGGAAGAUGUUCCACACCUUACUGCGAGGGAUGGUUCUCUACUUCCUGAAGGGAGAAGACCACUGCCUGGAGGGGGAAAGCUUGGUGGGGCAGAUGGUGGAUGAGCCUGUCGGGGUGCACCACUCGCUGGCCACCCCUGCCACCCAUUACACCAAGAAGCCGCACGUCUUCCAGCUGCGCACGGCUGACUGGCGCCUGUACCUCUUCCAGGCACCCACUGCCAAGGAGAUGAGCUCCUGGAUCGCGCGCAUCAACUUGGCUGCGGCCACGCACUCCGCGCCACCCUUCCCCGCCGCUGUGGGCUCCCAGCGCAGAUUCGUGCGGCCCAUCUUGCCUGUGGGCCCCGCCCAGAGCUCCCUGGAGGAGCAGCAUCGAUCCCACGAGAACUGCCUGGACGCUGCCUCGGACGACCUGAUGGAUCUGCAGAGGAACUUACCGGAGCGGCGGGGCCGUAGCCGCGAGCUGGAGGAGUAUCGCCUGCGGAAGGAGUACCUGGAGUACGAGAAAACCCGCUACGAGACCUACGUGCAGCUGCUGGUGGCCCGCCUGCACUGCCCCUCCGAUGCUCUGGACCUGUGGGAGGAGCAGCUGGGGAGGGAAGCUGGAGGCACUUGGGAGCCCAAGCUCAGCCUGAAGAAGUCCCACUCAAGCCCGACCCUGCACCAGGAUGAGGCUCCCACCACGGCCAAGGUGAAGCGCAACAUCUCAGAGCGCAGAACCUACCGGAAGAUCAUCCCCAAGCGGAACCGCAAUCAGCUGUGAAGCCAGCACCACCUCAGAGACACUGCUCUAGGGUAGACCUGAGAUGGACCUCCCUGGAGGAGACUUAUUUCAAUGAGUCCACCAUGACGGAUGAGGCACCUCCUUUCCCUGCUGAAGGACAAACCUUGUUUCCCUGUGGCCCUCAUUCUUGUGCUCACUGUUGCUGUGCUCCCCACCACCCCCAUAGCAGUCCCUCUGCAGCCCCAGUCCCUGGCCGCACCCAAGGGAAGAGUGAGGUUGAGGACUUGACUUUCCUCCCAGAGCUCAGCCCAUGUCACCCUCCAGGCCCCAGAAUCCAGAGUGGCGUCAUUUCCUAGACUUGCUGGGAACUCAGCACUUGUUUGAGAACCAGUGCUUAUGUGGUGUGCCCUUGGCUUCUGGGGGAGAGCUUGGGACAGCAGAGGCCCCUGGGCAGCCCAGCCAGGGGAGCCACAGCCCCGAGGAUGGUAUUGCUCUGGGAAUUAGGUGACUUUCUUGGGGAGGCCCCAGGAGAGUGAAUCAGGGACUCUUGAGAAAUUCCUAACCAGCUUCCUGUGACCCAGGGAGCAGGGUGGCUAAGGUCCUGCCCACUGAGGGGACAGCCUUCUGGGCAGGGACCUCGGGGGGCUUCAAGGGCUCCGCACGGCUGUGGGGCCCUGUGCCUUUGUCUCCUUGUGUCUCUUUUCCCCCUACAGUCUUCCUUUCCCCUGAAGCAGAUGAAACAGUCACACAUAGGCAACUGCUCAUCAACAGAGCAGAGCUGAGGCAUGAGUGAGGGCUGGGAGGGGUAGGGCCUCCAGAGCUUUGCAGGGAACCCUGGAACCCUGGGAACAAGGAGUCUUUGUUCCAACACAGCAGGGAAGGAGGUUCUCUAGGUUCGACCACUGGAGAGGAUAGACAGGUAAAAGGUGGCGACAGUUUCCCUUAGGGGUCUGCCUGGCAGGAGCCACAGCUCAGGAGAGUUGUGAGGGAUGGGAUGGAGGCUGGCGACCAGGUGAGGCCUAGGCCGGGCUCGAGAGACUCUACUGGGCUCCUUCCUAUGCACGCCUUAAAGCUUCCUUCCUGUGGGGUGCCUGGACCCCUUCCCCAUCUCUGGCAGCUCAGAGGGUCUCUGCUGCUCUCCCCUGGGAAAUCCCCUCAUCCUGCCCUCUGGCUGCCUCCCAGCUGGGCUUGUUCUCUGAGGGAGGUUCCGGAGACUCAUGGACUUGGGGCUCUGCCUGUAGGAAGGAGGCUGGGCCGGAGGGAGCAGCCACCAUUGUCUCUGUUCAGCCAAGUGUGCAAGUAGGCUGCCCGCCAAGAGAGGGCCUCUGCUACCCGCUGCUGCCAGCCGGCUGACGCACUGCCUCCUCAGCCCUCCUGCCGGGCCACCCUCCUCCCUUCCCAUGCUUGUAACCAGCUCUGGGGCCUGGACCUCCACAAAGUAAGGCUGGCCCUUGGAGGCCAUGUUUGGGUCUCCGGCCAGGGCCUAGGGCUAGGCUAUGCACCCAAUGGGUGCACAAUAAAUACAGGUCAACAAAGA